CAUUUACAUAAAGAGGAGUGACUAUUUAUGUUAUGCCAGACUGAAGCUGUAUAUACAGAUAUCUCUGAGUCUGGGACCGGCAGUUGCUCCAUGGACCAUCUCGGUUUGUUACUUUGUAAUUAAGUCUGUACUGAACUCACAAGCUCCGGUAUCUGAGAUAUUAUUGAACCAAUAUUUAUUCGACACAACGCGUCCAUGCACGAUGAUGUAUACAGAAAUGGUUUCAUUCUGAAAUACCACAAGGCAGUAGGCAAAACUGAGGAGACAAGGAGAAUGCAGACCUGUACCUGGACCCAAAGUGGACUGGAUCGAUCCGUUGCUGGACAAUCCUCAAGUCCCCACGUUACCAGUGGUCAGAUGAGUGAGAUUCCAAGCAGCUAUUCUCGUCAAUAUGGGCCAGUCAGACCAGCUGUCCUGUAUAUAGAAGGUGGUCAAUGCCUACCACACAGCGGACAAGUAACCAGUGGAGGUUACUGGAGUGGACCGACCCUGAAUCAACAGGCUUCAAUGGUUUACAUAAACUCAUCUCAGCAUUCACCCACCAGAGAGCAAGUUCUAAUGGGUACUAGUCCCCUUUUGACAUCACUCUGGACUAACAAUGCAGCGGCUGCUCAAUCAACUGGUGUUACAUCACAAAGUGGAAACAAUCACACCUUGCCCGGAAGGGUUAACAGUGCAGCUCAACCCACUUUCCAGCAGGGACAGGGGUUUUUGGGUGUUAAAAAUAACAAUCCACAGAGGCUCGUAAAGGAUGGUCAGGGUGCAACCAUUCACUGCCCACCUCAUAUUAAUGCACCACUGAAUACAAAUGUUAUGUAUCAUCUAAGCCCAGUGAGUGGCAGUCAGCAGCUUGUACUUGGCAGACAAGAGGGGGCCUCCAGUGGUACCUCUGCUUCUCUUGCAAUGGGUAGGAGCCCCAACCAUGUAAAUCAUAAAUUGACUGUAGUGAGUGGGCAGGAUUCAAGAAGGAUAGCAGUUCAAGCUCCUCAUCAGGGAAACCCACAAACACCAAACUCUUUGAAAAGUGCACAGGAGACAACAUAUAACCAACUGUUGUGUUUACUUCAAAAUCAGAACAAUGACAGCAGGACUGAGAUGAACAGGGUUCAACAUGGAGCACCUGUCCACACUGGCUCAUCAAAACACAGUCAAAUGUAUCCCUCUCAACUUCUCACUGGCAGCAACAACCAGGUCAAUGUACCAAAUGCUGCAGUGGGGCAGUCAAUGCCAAUGCAUAAUAUUAGCCAGAAUCCUCAGUACAAUGUUAUGUAUAACCCUCCUUUUAAUAAUUCUCCAAGACAUGUCCCCAACUGCCCUAAAAGCCUUCCCAUUCCACCACAACAGAACAGACUCCCAUCUUAUUGUGCAAAUAAUAACAGUCAGGCAGGGCCCAUUGGAAGUAAUGCACACCAUGCCUCUCAUCCUAGGUUCCAUAUCCAAGGCACAGGCCCUACCCUACAUUACAAACCAGACUGCACCAAUGUUCUGGUAUCCAACACUGGACCAUCUUCAUCUGUGCCAAACUAUAGUAUACAGUCCUCAGUCCAGCACAACCGUGAGACCGCGCCUCCACCAUACCCAGUCCAGCACAAGCGUAAGUCCGCGCCUCCACCAUACCCAGGCCAGCACUCCCAUGGACCCGUGCUGAACAAGACAGAACGUGUGGUUGUGGCAGGAGCGCAUUUUCUGCAACACAUGCCUAACCAAGGCGCAGCCCCUACCCUACAUUACAAGCCAAAAAACAAUUCUGUUCAGUUAUCCAACACUGGACCAUCUUCAUCUGUGCCAAACCAUGGUAUGCUAUCUUCAGGCCAGCGAAACUGUGAGUCUGUGACUCCAUCACACCCCAUAAGACAGGGCUAUUACAUAACAGUACCAGAGGACGAAAGUAGAAAUGGAUUUAGAACAGAAAAUUGUAUUUUCAUAGGAGAUAAACAUAAUGAAAGUGCUCUGGUCCCGCAAGGAUCAUCUGCAAGUAAUGCCCCCUCUGUUCUUAUGGCACAGAAGGCCGUUGCAGUUGUACAACCACUAUUGCAGUGUAUGCAGACAAACACGCCUCUAAAUGUGGCUGAUAAAAUCUCCUUGACCACCCAAGCUAUGUCUUUCUUAACAGGUGUCGAAAAUGUGAGCAACCCUGGGGAACAAUCUUGUGUCCAAAGUCCAUCACAAGCCCAAACAACCCUUACUCUAUCUGCUUCUUUGACAAAUGAAUCUGAACAAGAGGUCCCCAGGAUCAGACUAGAAUCAGGGGCUGAUAAAACAUUGACUCAGGGUUCAGAAACUUCUGAUGUUGAAAUGACCAAUACAUAUUCAUGUUUUAAGUCUCAACGGUCAUUAUCAAACGGGUUACGUGCAGAGAAAUUUGAUUCUCAACCAUUAUCUAAUUUGGAAUGUCAAGCCACUCAGAGAAAAGAGUUAGCUGACACAGAAAUGACCACUCAUGUGCAUGUUAACCAAUUGAGGGAGGAAAUGGAUGAAAAAGUCGAUUCCGAUGAGGACAUUUUUGAAUUGUCCUCCAUUCCUGUAAUCAAAUGGACCCUUGGUAAAUUGAAGGAGUUGGUAGAUACUGUGCAAAGUCAAAAAUGCACUGCCACACCAGUUGAAAGCAAAAUACUAAGCCUCUAUUGGGAUGGAGAUGGGCCAAAGCUUAUGGAUGCUGCAAGAUCUGGUAUGUUACAAAAUAUAAUGCAAGAGGUUAGAUCUGUGUGUGGCGACGAUGACGAUAUGUCAUCACAGUCUGUCAUAUUUUCACAAGCCAGGCGCAAAAACUGGGGUCAAGUUGAAGAGAAAUGUGCCAUUCUUAAACAUGAUUCUGUUCACCCCGAGUUCCCGGCGCAAGAGUCAUCAUGGUUGAACACAAAUAAGCAGCUUGAUGACAUAGACAAGGAGUUUGGAUUCCCAUGGUCACUAAGAUAUGACCAAAAGACUCUUCAAAGAGGAGAUGAACAACCAAAACUGAUUUUUCCCGAAAAUGAAAAAUCUGCAGACUCUGCCAAUGACAUGCAGACUGAGGUGACUCUGGCGAAGAGACCAACACCCUCUGAUUCUGAUGCUAAAGAAAUUCAAGGGUCAGGUUUGGCACACAGUUCCACCCAGACCCUCUCACUGGUUAAGAGAGAAAAAGCAGGUAUAAUUUUUAGUGACCCAUUUUCUUCCCUGGAGAUCAACGUGCUGACACCAGAAGAAGCUUUACAGUUUUUCAGUGGGCAGCUACUACAAGAUGAAGUGAACGAAGACCUGUUGGAAUUGACAAUGGAAAUGGAUGCGGAGCAGAUUGAGUUGAAAGAUUACUCAGUGGAGGAUAAAUCAUCUGAGAGGGUAGAUGUGAAGUUGACUGAUUUAAAACUCGAAAACAAAGGGGAUGUCCAAUCAGAAGAUUACUGUUGCCUCUCUCGUUGGAUGGCAGUGUUCAGUGGGUCCACCAAUUCUUCGUCCUGCAAAUGCCAAUACAAGACUAAAUUGGGUUCAGCAAAGGCCACUGUGAAUGCGACGGCGUUGGUUGAGGUAACAUUGUCUGUUGAACCCAGCACAACAAAAGCAGAACAAAGGAAAUGCGUGUAUUUGUGUAAAUCAAAUGGCACAGCAGAAGAAAAGAGUGAAGAGAAUCCUGUAAAAUAUGGGAAUCCUCAAUCUUGGAAAUCUACAGGCAUUGAAGAAUGCCAAACAAUUGUCUUGUCUGAUAGCAAAUCUGAGACUGCUCGCAUAUACACAAAUGGGGUGAAGAGCUUGCCUUUGUCAAAAGCCCCAGCACUGCAACUCCCCAUCAACCACACAAACUUUGUUGAAAUUGAAGAGGUCUUCUCGCGUUAUGAAGACUUAAUCAAAGUAGCCACCCCAAUAUCGGAGCUAGUUUGGGACGAUGUACAGCCAAAGCAGAAACUACCAGGUCCGUUCCAGAAACAUAUGGAUUGUGUACAAGAACUUGGUGUCAUUUUGGAAGAAGGAAACUCUAGAGGUGGUGAAGUCAUUCCUACAGUUCCCAUUCCUACUUCUAAUCUGCAACCCCAACCAACAGACAAAAUCGGUUUCCUGACAUCACUUUCCUUGGCACAAAGAUGUCACAAACAUCUCUCUCCUAAAACAAAUCGUAGCUACAAGGUUAAACAAAAAGGGGUUGGACUCCAGAGAAGAUGUGUUGAAAGUCCUCAUUCAAAUUUGCCUGUCCCAAGAAAGCAAAGGAAAAUGAGGGAUGGAUUAGGUCCCUCCUUUCAACUUGUUCCUGAGGUCAACUUGACUGAUGAUGAUGAUGAUUUUGAGCCCCCCAAUACAACUACUUCUAAAUCUUUGGAAGAAGAGAAACAUUCAAAAGGUAGCAAUCUCCAGAAGCCAACAGAACAUGGAAUUGGGAACAACAUUUGGAGGGAUGGCACAGUAAGUCUAGCCUUGUUUGGUUCCGCGCUCCAGAGGAAAAAUGGGACUUCAGCAACUGACCAACGCAAGGACCAUAAUUCUUCUCGAGCCAGACCUUUUGCAGACAAUUCUCCAGCACCUCCUAUAACCCUCAGUGUGAUUGUCAACUCCUGGACAACGGAGCCCUCCGAGACCAGUCCUCCAGUGGAAAGCCCAAUCAAACAAUGGAUCUUAAAUGAGUGGAAUAAUAGUUUUAUCCCGACAAAGACAAAGUCCAGGGGCAAAGUGCCAAGACUACAAAACAGAAGAGGCUUUGCUCCAAAGAUUAUUUGUGCUGAAAUGGCCAAAAAGAUUGUUGCCCUCACCAACACAGAUAGAGGUGCAUUAUCCUCUGAAAGGCGAGCCACACCAGAAAGAACUGUAAAGGCCAAGCAGACUUUGCGGCGCAUUGAAAAAGAGAGAAUAUUAAGCGGACCACCCCUCAGGGCAGAGGCAGUGCCAUCCGGUAUCCCUGAUAUAGUGGAAAAAAGUAAAUAUGAGAUCGGAAACCCUGCUCCUUUGCCUCAUGAGAACAGUCUUGUGUUUAGUGUGCUGCCGGAGUCGUUCAACUUCAAAGAAAUCAUGGACCCUCCGACACAGACAGGUUCAAUGAAUGACAUGGCUGGUACGGUUGCUGCGAAGGCUGAGAGUCCUAAGACAAUAGUCCAAAAAUCCCUUGAGAGUCCUAAGACGAUAGUCCAAAAAUCCCAAGAUUCGAUUGACGCAACCCUUUACAUGGUGACUCCGACGUGAUCUGGUUGAAGGACUACGCUGUAAACUGUCCGGCCGAUUGGGCAUUGCUGUCGUCGGACAGUGUGUCUCACAAACUAGACCGGUCAACUAAAAAAGGUGGUGGCAAUACAACUUUUUGGGUGUAGUUUGCCAUAAAACCCACAGAAGAAAAAGAAGAAGCUCUUCUGUGAGCGUUAUUGGUGUAGGAGGAGCCCCAUUGAAACCUGUGAUACUCUCCUUUCAGUUUCAGAUGUUAGAGUCACAGCACCAACAACAGUCUCUCAAGCCAUGGACAUCAUAGAUCCCAUCUUGGGCAUAGCAGAGAAGCUUUACUCUCUAUGUGGUGAAGUGAAAGCCAAUAAGAAGCGCUGUCAGCGUUUGGCCCAGCGCAUAAAAGCCUUGGAAGAGCUGGUGAGAGCAGUCAAGGUGAAGGGACUGGGGCAAAAGCCUUCCCUUGUGAAGAAUGUCCUAUGCGAGCUCAAACUCACCUUGGAAAAUGCCCAGGACGUGGUUAAGAAAUAUUCCUGCGCCAGCUACCUGAAGCGCAUCCUGAAGGCCUACGACCAGGGAGAUGAUUUUGGGAGUUUAAAUGAGCGUCUGAAUGAUGCGGCUCAGGGGCUGUCGCUAGCCCUGCAGGUGGAUCAGAGUGACGAGCUACUUCAGGAGUCUCGAGAGACGACACGAUGGAGAGAGGAUGAGGCUGACAGGGAGAGUGAUCGUCUGGAGCUGCAGAAAUUGCUACUGUCUCUGGCGGAGGACACAAAGGAAAGUGUGGACACAGUGCAUGAGAAAGUGAACUCCACUGAAAAAGAUGUGAAAGACAUCAAAGCCUUGUUGGAAACCUUAAUGAAGCCCAGUAUUUUUCAUGAAGACAUAAGAGAGAUCAAGCCAGAGGAGCUGAUCUACGACCUGCCCAAAGAGCCCUUCAUAAAAAAUGACAGCUCUGAAAUAUUCAAAGGAGAGUACAACAAAUUCACAGUGGCCAUCAAAAGAUACGCCUACUCAAGUAGCACAAGCCUGAGGCAGGUGAGAAGCGUCUUUAAAAAGGAAGUGGAGACUAUGAAACGCUUUGAGUCACCAAACAUCCUGCGAAUGUUUGGGAUCUGUGUCCAGGAAGAGAGCGGACCCAAUCCAAACUUCCUCAUUGUCAUGGAGUUUUGUGAGAAGGGCAGUCUGAGAGAGGUGCUGGAUUCCCAAAGGAAGCUGCCCUGGGACAGAAAGGCUCGCAUGAGUCUGGAUGCAGCACAGGGCCUCUACAGAUUGCACCAGUCGGAGGAGAAGUUUAAAGUGCAUGGAUGCAUCAACAGCAGCAAGUUCCUGGUAGAUACCGGGUACAGAGUGAAGCUGGGAGGUUUUGAGCUGGCCAAAACCGAGACGUCAUUGAAGAGGACUAAGGACAGCAGUAGAAGCUCUUUAUGCUACAGCUCCCCUCAGCAGCUUGAGAGUAUUAAUCAUAAAUACAACAAGGAAUGUGAGAUGUACAGUUUUGGCAUUGUCCUUUGGGAGAUUGCAACCCGCGAGAUUCCCUUCAGAGACUGCUCACACAAAGAGGUGUAUCAGAGGGUGUGUCAAGACAAAUAUACUGAACCUCUUCCUGAAGACUGCCCUAAACAGUUGGGGGAACUGAUCAACGACUGUCGCUCCUAUGACAGCUUCCACAGGCCAACUGCAGGAGUGUUAGUGGACAAGCUCCGCAAAGUGGUUGAGCUGCUAGAGGAGGACUAACAAACAGAGGUUUCCAUCCCCAGAGUACUCCGAAAAGAGGAAAACCAAGAGCGGUUAUCAACCCCAGGUCAAAGGAAGACCAAUUUACUGUCUCAAAUUCUUUAUGGGAUUAAAACUUCUUCUGGAUCGGUAUCCCAUCCAUGGGACCGUUGCGCUAAUGUAGGCUAAUGCGAUUAGCAUGAGGUUGUAAGUAACAAGAACAUUUCCCAGGACAUAGACAUAUCUGAUAUUGUCAGAAAGCAUAAAUUCUUGUUA